AUGAAGAAGACACGGUUGCCUCUUUUGGCACUCAUCUUCUUCGUGUUCAUGGUGUUUUCGAUUCUGUACAAUGAGUGUAACAUUCAACAAAUCAACACUGAACAACCCGAAAACGACGACAAUAAUCACCAAUCUACAGUAAAAAUUGAGUCUUUGCCCAAAUCAACGCCUGUCCAGAACUUUACUCUUCCAAAGAAACCGCCAGUUGGUUUGGAUAAAUUUAGUAAAUGCAGUUCCACUGUACCAUACAGUGGGAGGAGAGCUGUCUGGGCAGUCGACACCGCAGAGUCUGGUGGUCGGGGAGGAGUGCCAAGGCGGGAAGAGUGUGACGUGUAUUCGGGCAAAUGGGUUUUCGAUAACACUUCUUAUCCACUGUAUAGUGAGUCUAGUUGUCCAUACAUGUCUGAUCAAUUGGCUUGUCACAAGCAUGGAAGGCCUGAUUUAGGAUACCAGUUUUGGAGAUGGCAACCCCACAACUGCAAUUUAAAGAGGUGGAAUUCUACAGAAAUGUGGGAGAAGUUGAGAGGAAAGAGAUUAAUGUUUGUCGGGGAUUCACUGAACCGAGGGCAAUGGAUAUCGAUGUUGUGUAUGUUGCAGUCUGCAAUUCCAGCAGAUAAGCAAUCCAUCACGCCAAAUGCGGAACUUACAAUUUUAACGGCAGAGAAUUAUAAUGCGACUGUUGAGUUUCUUUGGGCACCUCUUCUUGUUGAAUCUAAUUCUGACGAUGUAGUUGAUCACCGGCUGGAUGAACGAAUACUACGUCCUGAUGCAAUUCGUAGGCACUCAUCACAAUGGGAGCAUGCUGAUAUACUUGUCUUCAAUUCAUAUCUGUGGUGGAGACAGGACUCUGUUAAGCUAUCAUGGAGCACUGAAGAAAAUGGUGUUUGUGAAGAAAUCGAUGGGAUGAAAGGCAUGGAGUUGGCCAUGGAAGCCUGGGCAGAUUGGGUGGCUACUCAUGUUGAUUCCCAAAAGAAGCGGGUUUUUUUCGUUACCAUGUCACCUACACAUCUGGCAAAGGAAGAUUGGGAGCCUGGAAGUGAAGGAAAUUGUUAUAACGAGAAACUGCCUAUUAAGGACGAGAAGUACUGGGGAACUGGUUCCGACUUGCCCACAAUGCGGAUGGUAGAUAAGGUUUUGAACCAGUUGGGUUCAAAGGUUACUGUCCUAAACAUCACUCAGCUUUCAGAGUAUAGAAAAGACGGCCACCCCACCAUUUACCGUAAAUUUUGGGAACCAUUGAGCACCGAGAAAAUGGCGGACCCUGCUAGUUAUUCUGAUUGUCUACACUGGUGCUUGCCUGGGGUGCCCGAUGUAUGGAAUGAGUUACUUUUCCAUUUUUUGUAA